AUGUUUAAAAAUCUGCUGCUUUUGACAUGUGUUACUAUUAUGAUACAAGGGACAAGACAAUAUCAACAUGAUGGUCAACGCUCAUUAAUUGCGAAUAGUAUGCCACGUCUUCCAGUCAGUGGUUACCGUGUAGACGGUACCAAGGUUUAUUUUAAUGGGCAAAUAGUUACCGGUCUAUCUGUGUUAUCAUUCAAAGACCUGGGCUUUGGUUAUGCGCAAGACAGUAUUAACGUUUUUUUCAUGGGGAAAAAAAUGGCGGGUACAUUUAGCACAUCAUUUUAUGUGUUAGGUGAUCAAUAUGCCAAGAAUUCUAUAGAUGUGUUCUAUGCUGGAAAGAAAAUACAAGGUGCGUUAAAUUCAUCUUUUCAAGUAUUGGGCAAUGGUUAUGCGAAAGAUUCAUUGAAUACUUAUUAUUUGGGAGAAAAGGUACGCAACGGUUAA